AUGCCAGAACGGUGUGACCAAUUUUGUAAGCAAAUUGGCCACCCUAGUGGAGGCUCAUGUUUAGAAGGGAAAGGUUUUGCGUGGGAUCCAAGAAUUCUUCCCGUCAUUGAAGCCGAAGCCUUAGCACUUAAGGAUGCAAUUCUCAGAGCUAUGUCUUCGCACUUGGAGUUUGUUACAUUUGAAAGUGAUUCCCAAAGAUUUAUUAAAGCAAUCCAUUAUAAUCGUAAUGGUGACUCUGAAUUUAGUCUUAUUAUUGAGCCUAUUUCUAGUUUAUUUGUUAAUUUUCUAAGCUUUGAGGUGAAUUUAGUCAAAUGUCAAGCAAAUAUGAUUGCUCACUCUAUUGCAAGUGCAACCAAUUCUUGGGCUCGACGUAGUUAA